AUGGAAUUAAAUAGUCUUAAGCAUAUAUUGAAUAAACCAUUUUCUAAUUUAAGUGUCUUUGAUAGAUGGAUACAAUUUCUUCGAUUUUUGCCUUCUUUUCUAGUGAUAUUGUUUGGUUUAGUAGUUUUGGUAGGUCCAAAUGUCUCACCUGUGAGUUUUUAUGUUACAAGAUUUGAUGGGUACUCGGCUGAUAUUUCAAAUGGGCUAUUUACUUAUUUAAAGGCUGCUUCAGAUGUUCCUGCUAUGAAUGGAGAUGAAUAUCAGUUAUCGACUAGUGAGGUAGAGUUAUUUGUAGAUUACUCUUCCAGCAAGGUCAACGGGAUUCCUCAGUAUAUUACUUUAUCUCUUUAUAAGCGUUGUGAUAUUCGAUUUGAUGUUGAAAGUCGUUUUAAUGAUGAUGGUAAUUUAGAGCAAAAAAGAAACUCUACUGAGUCAGAUAUUAAUUGUAUUGAUGUAGGAUCCUCAUAUAUUUUUGAUUAUAGAGAGGCAUUAUUGGAUUUUGGUCUUUAUAUAAUUUUAGAAUUUGCCUAUGAGAAACCUACGGAUCACAAUGCAUCUUCCGAACAAUUGCGCUAUGACAAAAUGAUAGACUCUUUUCGAAGAAAAGAAUCGCUGGCGGUUAACAUGUUAAUAGUCGUAUUGUCGGUUGAAGCUGUAAUCAUUGUAUUGACCAUAUGGUAUUAUUGUAUCAAGGGACGUUCAAUCGAUACAAUCAAGGAGAAAAUACUAGUACAUACGAUUUCAACAUUGUCAUUUGUCAACUUAGUCUGUGGAUUGUUAAGUGGCAUUUUAUUUUUCACCAUAAAUUUAAAACUACGAUCAGAUAUUAAUUUUGAAUUAUCGCCAUUUGGUUUUAGUUUCCAUUUGGGGAAGUCAUGGCAUGGUUGUCUUGGGGUACUUCUAAUCAUGAUAGUCAUGUCCUGUUUCAUGUGGUCAGGUAUCGAAUGGUGUAUUGCCGACACAACUGCACCAGAUACUGUAGAUGCCGCAGAUACACAUAUCUUAAAAUUCAAUAAAGGUGUCUUCACAGACGUCAAUGAACCAACAGCGUUGAAUCCAACGUCCGAUGAACUUGAAGAACAAGCACCAGAUAUGAACAAAAUAGACAUAUUUUCAGAUGACAAUGCAUUAGAUGAGAACAGAGAAAGCUUCGAAUUACAAGAACUCACAAGAAUGUCUUCUAGUUCUGACGAGUUUGAUGCCAAACCGAUUGAACCAUCAUCAACUAUGCGUUUUUAA